CGCAAACACCAGGUCCACUCCUUCAACUAUCGCGUGUCCGCGCUGCGCCGACGGAAGAUUGACACCCAAACCGAAACGAUUGCGCUCUCCCAGUCUAGAUUUGGUGCCCAUCCCGCAAAGUAGCGACGAGAGCAUGGAAGGUCUCUUGCUGCACUUGGAGGCGCGCAACGAAGCCAUCGGGGACAUCCGCUGCCUCGUGCUCGAGGAAGGCCAGCUGCAUCUGUACUCGGCCGCGCGGACGACGCUCCUCGCGAGCUACGACCUCGAGACCGUCCACGCGACGACGACGCUUGUGACGUGCAAGACGAGCGUGCUGCCGCACCAGUUUUGCAUCGAGCUCCACCGACAGCGCAAGCUGCUCGUGUCACUGCGCUUUGCGGCGCCGUCGCUUCCGUCGCUCCUCGCCUGGCGGAAUGCCAUCCAUCACUGGCGGCGCAAGGUGUUUGAUGCGAGCCCUGUCACGACCAACGACUUGAUCUGCGAACUCGCCGCCCUCCUAAGCGUGGUAGAGCUCUGCGACAUUGAGCCGCGGAAGCGCCCAUUGAUCUCCCGACGCUUCUCGCUCCCGUCCAUCAAGCCGCGGCAAAUCCGAGUCGUAUUGAAGAAGGCCAAGUCGCUGGCGGCGAGCUAGCACGUGGCAUGACAUGUAAAUGUAUUUAAUGUAGUUAAUGGUUAUGGCCGAGCAUUGACCUCUCGCCGCGCAGCUCGGCCACAGGCGAC